CAGUACUUUAAGAAUGCCAGAAAGUCCUGCACGAUCGGGUUUCGACUUCAGCACUGUCAAUAUAUAAUCCGCGGAUGUCGGAUCUGCAUCAGUGUCGGCUUUCGAAGUGGCUUCAUGCCUCUCUAACUCGUUGACAGGCCUCUCCUUGGCAAUUGAUAGGGGCGUGUCCUGGUCAUGAGUAACGGUCUUAACUUCUGUCAGUAAACCGUCCAUUUUUUGGAGUAACUGACGUUGGAGGAAAGUAGAAUGAUUAGCAAAGGUUGGAGGAAAUUGUAUAAGCGGAGGGGUCACGUGCAGCGGAGUGUAUCUGGAACAAUCAAUCAGUCAAUCGAUCAACAACUUCCCAUCUUCACUACCUGCACUUUUUUCCACCAGAUUUAGGUUGUCUUAUUUGACUCCUGAGAAUUUAGGUGACUCUUGGAGAGAAGUUUUGAAUUUAUCAUCGACUCUUUUGAAACACUCAUUUCAGUGGAGUGUACAGCUCGAACCUCUGGCGUCAUUAACUACGGAUGCGGUGAAACCAACAAAUCACGGAGACGUCCAUUGUAGCCUUAGAUUGAAUAGAGCAUACCCCGUGUCCAAUAUGGCUUCCGCAGACUCCCCUCUUAGGUGGAAACACCUCCACAAGGUAUUAAGCAAGCCGGGACCUUUCAGCGAUGAAGACUGGGUGCCUGGUCCCGAGACCAUUAGUGCUUUGAAGACAUCAAAAAUUCUGUAUGUUCUAAAGGGAUUAAGCAAAUUAUCGACCACUAACGUAGUCCAGAGUUAUGUAUGUAUACACGCGGACCCUCCUGUUAUUGAUGGGUAUGGUUACUAAGUGAAACGAUCUUAGCGGGGCUGGAGG